AUGGGAGUGAAGAAAGGGGCAUGGAGCCCUGAAGAAGACCAGAUUUUGGUCUCUUACAUUCACCAACACGGCCAUCCUAAUUGGCGAGCACUCCCCAAACAAGCUGGGCUAUUGAGAUGUGGGAAAAGUUGCAGACUCAGAUGGAAUAACUAUUUAAGGCCUGACAUUAAAAGGGGAAAUUUCACCAAAGAAGAAGAAGAUACCAUUUUUAACUUGCAUCAAUUGCUUGGUAACAGAUGGUCUGCAAUUGCAGCAAGAUUACCGGGGCGUACAGACAAUGAGAUAAAAAAUGUUUGGCACACUCAUCUCAAGAAAAAACUAAAGAACUAUCACAAGCCCUACAAUGACCGAAACAGCCACACAACUAUUUCAAUUCCCAAAUGCAACCCCAAAGUUUCCAAAAAUUCAUAUUCAGCCAAAGACAUAGUGGCUAGUCCUCAACAAUGUUCUAGUGGAAUAUCGACUGUCACGGAUUCAUUGAUCGAAAAAAUGGGCGCGAAGAAUGAAGAAGAAAUGGACUACACGUCCGAGUACUCUCCACAAAUCGACGAGAGUUUUUGGUCCGAUGAACUAUCGAAGGAUAAUAAUCGGGACGAAAUUCAAUUUCAGUUUCCAUCAGUAGUGCAAAAUGUGGAGGAUACAAAAAGUGAUGAUAGCAUGGACUUUUGGUACAAUCUUUUUAUCAGAGCUGAGGACAUGCCAGAUUUGCCAGAGUUUUGA